AUGCUUAACGGUUCUCAUAGUCCCCAGGUUGGAUCUCAGUCUAUUGAUAAAGCUCCUGGAUUCUUUGUUCGUCGUGAUGAGUGGCGACGUCUCAAGUUACCAGAACAAGUCCGUGCAAGCAUACUUCAACGCUCAGCCUCUAGUCUCCAUGACAUGACUUCUGCCGCCGACGCGGCUCUUGCUCAUAAUACCUCUUCGCGUUCAUCUUUUCGUAUACCGGAUGCCAAAGGCGACGAGGAUUCAUUCUGUCGAAGUGUGGGACCGGAAUCACCGGCUGGUAAUCCAGUUGAUUCGGAUGCUCGCUCUGCUUGGAGAUCCACAAUUCUUCAAAAGGUCAGCAACUUGCAUUUAAUGCGUCUGUAG